CGGCGGCGAGGGAAGAAGGCAUGAAAGAGGCCAAGGCCGUGGGGGAAACUUGGGCUUGUUUAACCAGCCUAACUGGCCUCAAGGCCUCCCCCGCAGGUAGGAGGACCAGAGUCCGUCGGAGACGUGCGCGCCCAUCCGCCCGCGCUCCCCAAAGAUACCCUCGGGGUCAAGAUGGCGGGAGCCGCUUGGAAAAGGCCUGGAGCAAGCAAGGGAAGGAAUCCGCGGCCGCCCCGGGAGCGGCUAUGGCUGCGCUCCGCUGCGCGGCUUCGACAUCUGCUGCCCGAGCGCCGCCAAGUCCCGCAGGGUGGCCCAUUUGUUGAAAUCUUCAGUGCUCAAGGCAAGAACACUGGGACCAAAUGGAAAAUUUCUGGCAAUCCUUCAGUAAUAGGGAAAGAAUAUGAUAAGGAGGUGAAAGGUUUUGUCUUUGUGCUGGAAGGAAGCGGUCAAACCAAUAAGAUGCAGCUUCCGAAAGAAACUAAGCAAACUCUUGGACUGAUCCAGCAAUUUUUGGUACUUCAAAUUUACGUACCACUUGGACAAGAUUUCUCAGCCGAGUUACUGAUAACUGAUUUAGGAAAUAUUAAAAGAAGAUUGUAUUUAUCGACGAUCCACAAAGAAUUGUCUAUAACCCCUCUGCAUGCAAAAAUCCCUCUCCUUAUGAUCAAGCGCAAAAUUUGGUGCAAUUUGUGCAUUGACCUGGUGACAUUUACCAGUGAGAUAUUCAAAGGCGCUGUUUUUCAGUCUUUGGAUGGCAUUAUUGUUUCAGCCAACUGUAAACUGCGAAAAAUCUUCACACUGAAGUCAAACCCCCUGAACCCCACAGAUGACGACGCUGAUGGGCCAAGAGAUACGAUUCCUCGAGCCUGUCAGUUAAAUGCAGAUGUGCCGCAAGUCACACAGCUGCUGAACAUGAAGAAGCUGCGCCAAACAGAACAAAAAUGUAGAGGCCGACCUUUAAAUUCACCAGAAUUAGAACCUCCAACAACCCGAUCAUCAGCUACUAUACGUAACAGUAAGAGUCAAGAUAUAUCCCACAUUGCAUUUGGAUCUAAAGUCCUUGGACCACCACCUCUCUCAGGCCGAAGACUCACAACAAGAGCAUCUGGGGAGACAUCAUUAAUACGCAUUGUUCAACUUUUUGUGUUUGCAGAUGAAUGGAUAUUUCCUGACAAAGAAAACUCUCAAUUGGAAUCCAGCAGUCCUCUGCCGAUAGCCUAUGAAACAUCCCAUGAUGUUUCAGGCUCUGUCCCAAGUGACGACCAGACAUAUGAAAGCGAAGAAGCAGCUGAAGUCCCUGAGGAUAUUUUCACCUACUCCUCAAAACCUAGAUCAGCGCCGCAUGGAAAUCCCUUGAGUCUUUCUUCAGAAGAUUGCACUUUUUCUUUGGAUUUGAAGGAAGAAAUUAGCAAGGAGUGGCGAGGAGCUCAAAUGGAAGAUGACUUCUAUGGAAAUGAGAGCAAUGGAGAGGAUGAUAGUUACAUGGACCUCGUGCAAGAGGCUCAGGAUCUUCCAAAUAACUAUAUCACAUCAGGAUUACCUCAGCCAGCAAUAUCCAAGGAGAUUCUUCCCAAAAUGGCAUCCAAGAGUCCUGAAAGCAGGACAUACAACUUCUGUACAAAAAAGACAGAAGAAGAAAUAUCACCCCAGUGUACUGAAGAUGCUGUUGUGAUAAUGGACAAAGCAAAUAACAUUCAAAGAAGCUUGUUGCCCACUUCUUCUUUAUCCCCAAUCAGAAACCUGUCUAAACCCUGCAAGGAAAUAUCUAGGGUCUCAAAAUGUUUCUCCAUCAGCGCGUUAAGAAGUUCCAUAAGUAGAAAAUCGCUAAAAGAAAUCCAGCAGGAGGACUCAAACCCAAUAGUCCAAAUUCCUGAAUACAAUUGGAAAGACUACCAGCCAAGCAACAUGACCAUGUCUGAAAUGCAGAUGUUGGCCAGCAUGAAAAGGCAGCAAAAUGAAGAAUUAGAACAUAAUGGACCUUCACAUGGGUUGAGCGCCUCUCAGAUCAACAAUUGUAAUAUUAGCAUCAGCACAAGCAGUGAUGACACGAACACUUGGAAUUCAUGUCUCCCAGCACCUGUUAAUCAAGGAAGCCACUAUCAGAAAGAAAUGAAUCCUCUUUCUCAGUCCAACCCAAGGUAAGUUGCU